AUCAUGAUUCAUAGCAACAUCACCCCCAUCCACCCUGCAUUUUUUGUGCUAGUUGGCAUCCCUGGGUUGGAGGCUUAUCACACCUGGUUGUCUAUACCCCUGUGCCUCAUGUAUGUCACUGCAGUCCUUGGAAACAGCAUCCUGAUAAUGGUGAUCAUCACAGAACGGAACCUUCAUGAACCCAUGUAUUUUUUCCUCUCCAUGUUGGCCAUCACGGACAUCUUACUGUCCACCACUACUGUGCCCAAGGCCCUCACCAUCUUUUGGCUCCAUGCCCACAACAUUGCCUUUGAUGCCUGUGUCACCCAAGUCUUCUUUGUCCACACAAUGUUCGUGGGGGAGUCGGCCAUCUUGUUAGCCAUGGCCUUUGACCGCUUUGUAGCCAUCUGUGCCCCACUGAGAUAUGCAACAGUGCUAACAUGGUCCACAGUUGGGAGGAUUGCUCUAGCCAUUGUUAUCAGAAGCAUCUGUAUUAUCUUUCCUGUGAUUUUCUUGCUGAAGCGGCUGCCUUUCUGCCGAACCAACAUCGUCCCCCAUUCCUACUGUGAGCACAUUGGGGUGGCCCGCUUAGCUUGUGCAGACAUAACUGUGAACAUCUGGUACGGCUUCUCCGUGCCCAUCGUCAUGGUCAUUGUGGAUGUGAUUCUCAUUGCUGUGUCGUACUCGCUCAUUCUCCAAGCAGUGUUUCGCUUGCCCUCCCAGGAUGCUCGGCACAAAGCUCUCAGCACCUGUGGCUCACACCUCUGUGUCAUCCUCAUGUUUUACGUUCCAUCCUUCUUUACUUUACUGACCCAUCGCUUUGGGAGAAACAUUCCCCGACACGUGCAUAUCCUGCUGGCCAAUCUUUAUGUGGUGGUACCACCAAUGCUGAACCCCAUUGUCUAUGGAGUGAAGACUAAACAGAUCCGGGAGGGUGUGGUCCACUGGUUCUUGGACAUCAAGACUCUGUGUUGUUCUUCACCUUUGGGAUGA